AUGGUGAAGGAAAAGGAGAAUGGGAAAACAAAGGAUGCUUUGUUUUGGAAGAUUCGACGUCAGUGCGUGCUGAAGAAGGACACAUGUUCCAAAGCUGCUUUGGAUUUGUGGAAGACACCCGAGGGACGUGGCAAGCUGAGAAGCCUGAUGUUGGCCAACAACAUGGACUUUGCAAAUGUGGAGCUGGAGUUGAAGCGCACCUCCAAGACCAGAUUUGGCCGGCGCAAGGAAGGUAGGUGGGUAACAAAGCACUACCUCGUGAACACCAUGGGUUGGACACGGAAAAUGGCUGAUAACGGGUUUGAAUAUGCCUCACGUCACAACUUGUUGCGAACCAGUCAAAUUCACGGUGAACAAGAAGCGAAGCUUCUGUUGGACGAAGCCUUCUCGUUCGAUGAAACGCAUGAGCAAAGUACAGAACAGUCUCAGAGGAUGGAAAUUGAAGAUGCCGAUGGUGGCUUCUUGGCUGACGAGCUGCCCCAGGGUUCAGGCCUCCAGGUGCUUGGGCAUUUUGAUGAAGAUGCUGAAGGCAACACGCCUGGCGAUCAGGCUGCUGCCAACUCAGGCUCUUUCAAGCUGUGCUUCCCUAGCAUCCAGGAAAAUGCUAGCGCUGUCAGUGUGCUGCCACAGCAUGCCAAGCAAAUCCAAAUCCAGGUCAACUACAUGCAGGACAUCUACCAAAAGCUGGAGGAUUUGCAAGCGGAAUGUGCUGUGACUCGCUCAGCUAGGCCAGAGACCCAGCAGGCAAUUCUCAAGCUAUGUGCCCAAUGCACCAAGACGGAUGACCUUGAAGGCAGCUUCUUCGAGUUCUGGCAAGCCGAACAAGCCCAAGCCUGCGACCGCUGA